AUGUAUUUUCUUGGAGUGAUUUGUGUUUUAGUCAUUGGUAGUUAUUAUUUCAAGAGAACUAUAUGGUUUUGCUUAAAAUGCAGUCUGUUUUAUUUAUGUCUGCUUGCGAUGUCGGUCAUUGUUGUAGUUUGGUCAUUACUGACUCGGUGUGGAAGGACAACCAAAAACUACAGGUUUUUUAUUUGGGGAUGUCGAAAUGUGAGCGCUAUCUAUGGUUGGAAAUAUAUUGUAACCGGAAGAAGAUACAUAGAGACAGAUGACCCCUUUAUAGCUGUUGUUAAUCACCAAAGCGGACUUGAUAUGCUAUGUAUUGCUGAACUGUGGGGUAAUAAACCAUAUUCAAACACUUUGAUAGCAAAGCACACUCUGUUGUAUUAUGGGGUAUUUGGAGCUGCCAGUUAUCUGUGUAAUACAUUGUCAAUCCACAGAAACAACUUGAACAAAGCCGUAGCGCAAAUGAAGUCCAUGAGAGAGGAAAUAAUAUGUAAAAAGUUGAAGGUAUUCGUAUUUCCCGAGGGAAGACGAAACCGUUCCGAAAAUUUACUACCCUUCAAAAAAGGAGUUUUUCAUCUUGCAGUUGAUGCACAGGUUUCUAUUGUACCAAUAGUCAUUUCUUCAUUGAAACCAUUAUAUCACAAAGAAGAACAACGUUUGGAUUCAGGGUUUAUCACAAUGACAUGUCUACCACCUGUCUCCACCCGUGGUCUGUCCAAAAAUGACAUCCCAGAGCUGAUGGAAUCCGUCAGAAGCUCUAUGAUAAAAACAUUCAACAAUACUUCUAAGAAGAGAAAUGUGUGAGAACUGUUCGAAAGUCAUAGUUAUGUUCAUUUUUAUACCGAUAUUAGAUAUUGAUCUUAACUACUCAGAAAGACAUGUCAAUUCGUGUAAAUUCACUUGUACUUGAGCCUUAGUAUAAAGAGUUUGAAAAGUUUCAUCAUUAUUUUUUUUUGGGUUACUUGUGAUUAAACUUGCAUAUAGUGGAUUGCUAUUAUGUAACUGAAUUCA